AUCGAUCUGAAGUGAAGUACGGGCUUCUGCUGGAGCUGUGAGACAAAAUGGCUUCCAGGCUGGAGGAGGAGCUGAUCUGUUCCAUCUGCCACGAGCUCUUCAAAGAUCCUGUGGUUCUGUCCUGCAGCCACAGCUUCUGUAAAGUCUGUCUGAAGAACUGGUGGAGGGACAAACUCAAGAAGACCUGUCCAGUAUGUCAAAGGGACUUUCCUCCCAUAAACCGGGCACUGAGGAGCCUGGCCCCAAGGAACCUGGCCCUGAGGAACCUGGUGCAGAAGUAUGAAGAGCAGCGAGAGCAGAACCCUCCCCUGUGCAAACUUCACUCAGAGAGGCUCCGGAUCUUCUGCCUGGACCAUGAGGAGCCGGUGUGUCUGGUCUGCAGAGACUCCAGGACUCACACUGACCAUAAGUUUAGUCCUUUGGAGGAGGCGGCCGAGGACCUGAGGGAGAAGCUGAGGAGGAUCAUCAGGCCUCUGCAGGACAAACUGCAGGUUCUGACCGAGACGAAGCAGCAGUUUGAAGACACGGCGGCUCACAUCACAGCCCAGGCUCGACACACAGAGGCACAGAUCCGAGACACGUUUGACAAACUGCACCAGUUUCUGUUGGAGGAAGAAGAUACCAGGAUGAAGGCUCUGAGGGAGGAGGAGGAGCAGAAGACUCAGCGCAUGAAGGACAAGAUGGCCGCCGUGAGCAGAGACAUGGAGACUCUGUCCAAAACCAUCGCGGAGACGGAGGAGCAGCUGAUUGCCAUAGACAUCUCCUUCCUGUUACACUACAAGUCCACACUGGAGAUGGUGCAGCGCUGCCCCCUGGUGGAGGACCCAAAGAUGGAGCAUAGAGCUUUAAUAAACCAGGUCAAACAUCUGGGCAACCUGAGCUUCCACAUCUGGAGGGCCAUGAAGACAGUGGUGAGGUUCUACCCCAUCGUUCUGGAUCCAAACAGAGCGUACCCCGGUCUGAUCCUGUCUGAAGAUCUGAGCUCGGUGAAACUCGAAGCGAAACAGUGGCUUCCACAGAAUCCAGAGAGACCCACGUACCGCAGUGUCGCUGGGUCGAAAAUGUUCAGAUCGGGGACGCACAGCUGGGACGUGGAGGUCGGGAACAAUAAAGACUGGGACGCAGGUGUGAGCGGACACGUUCAGAGAGGGGACAAACAGGAGCACGGGUGUUUCAGUGUAUGUUUCUUAGAUUAUAAAUACACAGCCUGUUCGCUCGCAGACACAGACACAGCGCUGACCGUGAGGAAACAUCUACAGAGGGUCAGAGUGAAGCUGGACUUAGACAGAGGAACGCUGACCUUUAGUGACCCCAACACAAACACCGACCUCCACACGUUCACGGACACGUUCGCCGGGGGCAUGACUCCAUAUUUAUCCACGUUCAACAACAUCCCCCUGAAGAUUUUACCGAAGGACGUCACCGUGAAAGUAUAAAUGAAACCGAGGGACCAUCAGAACUGUGGGAAAGUCCAGAUUUUGUCUCGUUUGAAACAGAGAAACAGAGAAAUACAUUACAAGCAGGAUUUAGUGUCGAGAUUACUACUGUUUUAAAACUUUCUUAUGGUCGUCAAUUCUUCUUUUUGACCCUCGUGAGCUCCUCCCAGUAGAGUUACGCUCAAGUUCUGGGCUCAGUUUAACUCCAAUUAGUUUCUCUUAUACUGUAAC